UAGAAAUACAAAUAUUUUUAUCGCAUUGCUCUAAGUUUUAACAAUUUUCAAUUUAGUGUUUCUUAUAAAAGCUAAUGUGCGAGUUUGGUGUGCCUUAUGUCGAUAUAAUAAAUUAUAAGUCAUGGGAAAGGAUAAAAAUGAGACACUUAUUGGAAAAAUCGACGAUGAAGGCGACACAGAUGUUCGUAAAACAGCACAGGAAAUGGAUGUUAUUCGACAAAGAACUAUUGCUUACGAGUACCUUUGUCGCCUGGAAGAGGCCAAAACAUGGAUGGAAGCCUGUUUAAAAGAGUCGUUACCUCCAGCUGUUGAAUUUGAAGAAUGUUUAAGGAAUGGCGUUUACCUGGCUAAGCUGGGCCAUUUCAUUGCACCUGACUUACUUCCUUGGAACAAAAUAUACGAUAUUGAUCAACGGCGAUACAAGGUUAUGGGACUACAGUUUAAACAUACUGAUAAUAUAAAUAAAUUUUUACAAGUAUUGCAGAAAACCGAAUUACCUACGACUUUUCAACCAGAAACAACAGAUAUAUACGACAAUAAGAAUAUGCCAAGAGUAAUUUACUGCAUCCAUGCAUUAAGUUCUCAUUUAUUUAAACUAGGCAAAGCACCAAUAAUUCAUGAUGUUUUUGGUAAAGCUGUUUUUACAGAUGAACAACUAGAUUCUGUUUCAAAGGACUUGCAAAAAUGUAAGCAUCCUUUACCAAUGUUUCAAAAGAUCAGUGGCAUCCUGUCCAGCAAUAGCAUUGAUGACAAUGCAAGUACCCACAAAGCAUUACAAGAACUCAAUGAUUUAUUAGAUACAGAAAAACCAAUAACAGCAGCUUUAUUGAACCCUCAGCUUAAGUUGAAAUAUGUCCAGAACCGGUUAAUAGAUACAUAUAAGGAUAUUUUGAAAAAUGCAAAGUAUGAAAAAAUACAAGUGGCCCAUAAUCAUUCUCUCAAUGACAGUUAUGUUCCUGAUGAUUAUGAUGAAAUGUUGACAUUGGUGGAAAUUCAAGGACACAUAACAUCCACAAACUAUAAGUUCUUGUGGAAAUCUCUGUGUUCAGCUUGUCACAGAAAUGAUGUUAAUAGUUUACAUAAAAUAUUCAAUGAAGAAUGGGUUAAAUUAAAAGACUACAACCCAAAUAACCUUGAUUUUUACUGUGAUGUGGUCCAAGAAUUGACAGAAAAUAGUAAAGAUGUUGAUGUAGAGAGCAUCACAAAUUGGCAUAAAAUAUUUCAAAGCAUAAUUUAUGAUGGUAAUAACAAAUCUCUUGAUCAUGUUGGCCAUAAAUCAGCCAUAUCUGAUGUCAACCGGGCAUUAGAUGAAGGCAGCCCUGAUGAUUUAUAUCUAGCUUUAACAAAUCCAAAAUUGGGACUUAAGUUUAAAAUAAACAAGUUUGCUAUGCCAUUAUUACAUGAAGAGAUGAGAUUGGAAAAAUGUGAAUUGGAUAAAAAUCUUAAUGAAAGUGAGAUAGCUGCAUCUGUGGCCUAUUUGACUUCAAUAGCUUCUAUCUCUGAAGCAGUUGAAAGAGGGGAUGAAGUGGCAGUCUGGAAUGCCCUUAACUCUAAGCAGAUACAUUUAGAAAUGCUGCGACCGCAUUGCCGCCGCCGAUAUUUUUCUGCUUUAGUUUCUGCUCUUGAAUUUAAAUUUAAAGAACAAUGUGAAUGCCCUUUGUUAACAUUGGAGGAUGUAAGAGACACAAUUGAAAUGGUUAACAUGAAAGAUGACAAUAAUGAUGAGUUAAUAGAAGUAGUUGAUUGUAUAAACAAAGCAGUUGCAGAAGAGAAUGUCAACACUUUAAUAGCAUUAUUAAAGAGCCCUUGUCUCAAAAUUCCACUAACACUACAUAAAGAAGAAUAUCAUCUGUAUAUGAGAACAUUGAAGAAAAGGCUGUUAAACAAAGAAUCUCAAAAUCUUUGGCUGGAUGAUAUUCUUCAAGCCAUUAAUGAUGUUAACAUUGAAUCAUUGAAAGUCAAAGAAUUGACUGAUGCAAUUGUUGAAUUAAAUUUGGCUGUAAUUAAAAAUGAUCUGAAUACAUUUUGGAAAAUGUUAAUGUGUCCACUUCUCUCUGAUUCAAGUUCAGUUGAUAAUUCCUGUAAAGAGGUGUAUUUUCAAAUGUUUUGUAAAGCCAUCAAGAAAAAAGGUCAUUACAUUUGCCCUUGGAUAGUGUGCCAUACAGAAGCUGGUAAUACUGUCUAUAUAGAUGUGGAAUCUUACACAUACAGUUGGACGACACCAAAAGACUUUGUACCUCACGCACGCUACUUGACUAAGAAAGAUAUUAAAGCUAUUAUAGAAAAAACAAAUAAACACCACAUCAAUUCAUAUAAACAAAUGCAUUUUGAGAAAACAUUGAUUAAGUUUCAAGCCCAUUGCAAGGGUUUUUUAAUGAGACAAAAGGUUGAAAGGUACAAUUAUUUUAAAGAUAAUAUAGAAUCCAUAAUAAGAAUACAAUCAUGGUGGAGACAGAUUUUGAUUCAAAGAAAAUAUGGGACUUUGAUUAAAAUGAAAGCUAUUGAAGCUAAAUUGAAGCAAGAAAGAAAAUUAAACCCCUUAGCUUGGUACAAAGUACAGGAACAAAAAAUAGUCAAAAUACAGGCUCUUUGGCGAGGCCGGCGUGCUCGAGAAGCAUUCACUUCUUUGUUCCACUCUCCUAACCCACCAUUACGAGUUGUCAAGAAAUUCAUACAUAUGCUUGACUUUACCACUGACGAUUAUGAUAGGGAAAUCGAACUGCAGACAUUAAAAUCUGAAGUUGUCCAGUCAAUUCGGAAAAAUCAGGAACUAUCAAAGCAAAUUGACGAUAUGGACUUAAAAAUUGGUCUUCUUGUACAAAAUCGUAUAGCUUUACAGGAAGUCGCUGCUCACGGCUUGAAGCUUAACAAUUUAGUCAAACAUAAUUCUAUGAAUAAGUUGACUGUAAACAAAGAUGCAAAGGGAUCCCUUGCAACUAUCGCAACUGCGGUUAAAGGUCUAAAAUCUCUCACUAAAGAAAGCAAAAGGCUUUUAGACGGCUACCAACAUCUAUUCUAUGAAUUGCAAACAAAUCCAACAUACUUAUCUAAACUUUUGUUUUGUAUACCACAAAAUAAAACGAAUUCUUUUCUACAAAAUGUCGUUCUGAGUCUUUAUAAUUUUGGCGCAUAUACCAGAGACGAAUAUUUGUUAUUAAAACUCUUUAGAUUUACUUUGGAGGAGGAAAUUAGUUGUAAGGUUACGAAACCUUUCGAUAUUAUAGCAUCUACACCUUUGGUCCUUAAAAUGGCAGUCAGUUUGUCGAGACAAUUAUCUGGUUUAAAUAGUCUUCAAACUAUAAUAGGGCCCCUAGUGGAAAAAAUAAUACAGGAUAGAGAAUUGAACAUUGAAACAGGUCCAGUAGAAAUUUAUAAAGCUUGGAGAAAUGAGACUGAAAUGAAAACAGGCCAAAUUUCAAAACUGCCAUAUUCCGUGACCCAAGAAGAAGCCCUCAAUUAUCCUGAAGUUAAAACUCGUUUAGAAAAGGCACUGACUCAAUUAAAAGCUGUUGUAACAAUGUUCUUGGACAAAAUAACAUCAUCCACUGAUUUAUUGCCUUUCUGUAUUACAUAUAUGGCAAGGGUUUUACACAGGUCAUUGACAUCGAAAUUUCCUCAUACACCCGAAAAAGAUGUUCUAAAGGUGAUUGGAAAUCUGGUUUACUAUCAAUUCUUCAAUGCUGCGAUAGUGGCCCCUGAUGCAUUUCAUAUAAUCAACAUGCCAAAUGGCAGUUGCCUAACUACCGACCAACGAAAGAAUCUCGCAUCUAUUGCUAAAAUUUUACAUUUCUCUGCGGCGAAAAAAGGGUUUGGUGAGGAGUCAAGUCACCUCCGCUGUCUGAAUCCUUUCAUAGUGGAGUGUCAUGAGAAAAUGAAAGAGUUGUUCAGGCGAUGUUGUCGCGGCCCAACAUUGGAAGAAUAUUUUGCGGUCGAUGAAUAUACGGAAGCCACUUUACUUCAUCAUCCACACAUCUACAUAACUAUUCAAGAAAUAGUAGACACUCAUGCGCUUCUAAUAGAAUACCAAGACGUGAUUGCGCCCGACCCGGACGACCGGCUCAACGACUUGCUCGACGAGCUCGGGGAUGUGCCCAGCGUGGCGCAACUUGCUUCCAGAGAUGUUACGAUGCAAGUGGGUGAUUGUGAAGAAAAUGCCCGACUGGAAGUGUGUUUGGCUCUUGUAAAUAAAUUCCAAGCGCCUUCUGACGAUAUGACCGAUUUGAACAAACUUUUUAUUAAAACAAAAGAGUUGUGCGUCGCUAUUAUUCCCUUUUUAAACGGUGAACAUUUACUUGAAGCAAUAUGUAUUGGCACUACGAAAGAACAACAAGAAAAAUACAGUGAAAAAGUACAAAGGCGGAUAUAUUCUGGCCAAGCGAGACCCGACGAAGCGAUGUCAUUGCGUGAACAUAUCGCAAAAUUGCGACGUAAUUUGCAAAUGUUAGAAGACGAAGGCUAUGUGACGAGAGAAGAUGGAUACCAAGCCUUAAUCACAUCCAUAGCUUUGGAUUUGUGUAACAAAGGGAAGUACAGACAAGCGCAAAGGCGCGCAUUAGCAACGUUGACGCGAACUAAACAGAGUCUCUUGGAGAAGACAAAAUAUUUUGAAGAGAAGUGUAAAUCAUAUGAUCAGUAUAUUAAAUCGUGUCUUGCUAACCUUCAUGCUGGAAAAAGGAGUGUUCAUGCGUGCUUGCGUAGGUCCGGUAAGGAUGUUCAAAAAUUGAAAUCAAAAUUAACAGUAAAGUACUCUGGUGCUAAAUUGAUGGAAAGGGGAAUUCUGUUAGAGAUAGAUGGACUUUCAACAUCACAGUUCAAAAAUGUUCAAUUUGAAAUAACUCCAACAGAUCAUAAUGGUGUUUUUACAAUAAAAGGAAAAUUUAUGGGAGUAGAGAUGGAAUCUGUUGAUGUUGACAUACAAGAUCUUUUGCAAAAGCAGUAUGAGGGCUGUGCGAUAAUGGAUAUGUUUGGCAAAGCUAAAAUAAAUGUAAAUUUAUUAAUUUUCUUAUUGAAUAGUAAGUUUUAUAAAUAAUGUUAUCAUUAAAGCUUUGACGAAUGGAUAAGCUCAAAUGUGUUGAGAUCUGGGCAAGACCAUCUCACUAUAAACGGCAUAAUAGAACGCUAAUAGAUAAGCGCGAACUUAAGCAUGGCGGAAAGUCUAGUAUACACUAGAGCUAUCUAACAUAAUAAUUUUUCUUUAUUGCGUUCCAUAAACCUUAGUGAUGUGCUAUUAAUUCUAUAUUGUGUGACACUAAGACAUAAUUUGGACGCUAGUCGUCCGAUUAUAUAAUAUGUAACACCAUUUUUUUAAUCAUCUGACAAGUUAAUUUACACCAUAUACAAUUUUAUACAUUUAUUAAGUACCGUUCAUAAUAUUCUUUUGAAAAAUCGUAAGGAAAUUCAAUGCAACAAUCAAACUGAAAAUAGAAACGUUAUGGAGCGUCCAAAAAUAGGCAAAAAUUAAAAAAAAAAUCUAGAUAUCCUUUUUGCAUUACAAAAACGAUUUAUUUUAUAUCUCACUCAUAAAUUGAUAUAAAAUUUAUAAGUUUACUUACUGUUAUUAUUCGAUAAAUAAAUACCUAUGACGUCAUGGGUAUUUAUUGAAUCGAUCCUAUUCUUACCAUGAAUCGCACAGUUGGUAUGUUUUUAAUUAUUUUUAGUUGAUCGUCAGGUCGUCGUUAACAAUUUCUUAUAGUGAUAUGAUCUUGGCCAGACCAAGAGUUAUUCCAUCAUAAUUGAAUGAAUGAAUUUAAUGGUGUAUUUGUUGUGAUAUUAUCCUAUUAAGAUCUGUUAAUUUUUAAACAGUAUUGGUUAUGCUAGGUCAAUAAUUAGGAUAUGGUGUGUACUAAUUAUUAAUUUUGUAAGUUAGUUUUUCAAGGACCAUUACAUGUAUUGCUGUGAUUCAUAUUAUCACA